AAUGUCCGCCAUUUUGACUCGAAAAUAUGACAGAAUUUUUUUGCCCGUCUUGAGUCCGUGCAAAGGACUGCGGCUUGGAUGUUAGACCUUUCCCCCUUGCGAAGAUAACGAGCGGAAGAAGGGCCAGAGCAGCGGCUGUGUGUGGAGUAUUAUCUGACCCAGAUGCGUGUCGUUAAAUGGCGCUGCUGCUGAGGGUAGUGUUCGCGCUGUUUACUCUUCGGUACAUGGCGUUUCAUCUCAAGGUUUGAGGAGCACCCCUUGAUGCUUGUUCUCUGACGGCAGAAAGUCCGUGCUGAUCAAUGAAUCGCUCCAUUGCUCUCUCCACAAUAUACAAGACAAAUGUUGGUCACCCUGUGGACGGCGUUUAAUUAAGGAUACACACGUUUUAUCGAAAGGUCUGUCUGACCCGGUGCCAUGUUCUGGAAGUUUGACUUGCACACUACGUCCAACGUGGACAAGCUCCUGGACAAGGAGGAUGUAACGCUGCGCGAAUUGAUGGAUGAGGAUGAUGUGCUGCAGGAGUGCAAGGCCCAGAAUCGCCGGCUACUCCUCUUCCUAACCCAGGACCACUGCAUGCAGGAGCUGGUCAGCCUCAUCACGCAGGAGCCGCCACACAACGUCGAGGAGAAGAGCCGCUUCAAGUACCCAAACAUUGCCUGCGAGCUCCUUACGUCAGAUGUGAGCCACAUUAAUGACAAACUUGGGGGGGACGGGUCCCUGCUGGAGACCCUCUACCACUUCCUGGACCAGGAACCCCCCCUCAACCCCCUGCUGGCCAGCUUCUUCAGCAAGACCGUCGGCAACCUCAUCGCCCGCAAGACAGAGCAGGUCAUCGCCUUUCUGAGGAAGAAGGAUGAGUUUAUUAGCCUAGUGCUGAAGCACAUCGGCACCUCGGCUAUGAUGGACCUCUUGCUGCGCCUCAUCAGCUGUGUGGAGCGCCCCUUGAGGCAGGAGGUUCUCAACUGGCUCAAUGAGGAGAAGCUCAUUCAGAGGCUGGUGCAGCUCAUUCGCUCAGGAGAAGAUGAAGAGAGACAAUCCAACGCAUCACAGACUUUGUGUGAUGUCAUACGUCUGGGCCGGGACCAGGCCACACAACUGCAGGAGACGCCAGAACCAGACCCCUUGCUCACCACGCUGGAGUCGCAGCAGAGCCUGGAGGAGCUGCUGAGGAAUAUGUUUGAGGGUGAAAAAAGUGAGGCUUGCAUCGUCAAUGGAACUCAAGUGCUUCUCACACUGCUAGAAACCAGGAGGCCCGGGGUUGAGGGGCUGUUGGACCUGUGCUCUCAGGGAUAUGAAAGGUCUUGCACUGUUAGUAGCAGUAUUUUAACACGCAUUGAGCUCACCCUGAAGCACUUCCAUCAGCUCCUUUUGGACCCUCCCAAGAAAAGUGCAAUAUUGACAACGAUCGGCGUACUGGAGGAGCCACUAGGGAAUGCCCGCCUCCAUAUCGCCCGGCUGGUCGCAUCCCUGCUGCAAAACUGCACUCUUAGCAUAAGUCAGGAGCUGUGUCAGCUCAACACGAUCGACCUGCUGCUUGAUUUGUUUUUUAAAUACACCUGGAAUAACUUCUUGCACUUACAAGUAGAGAUGUGUGUGGCGGCCAUCUUGAACCAUCCGGGUCAGGAAGAGAAGGCCAUUAGCAGUCCAGAAAAGGAGGGGGGGGGCGGAGCAUCAAACCAGCAGGCCAGCUUGGAUCCGUCAGAUGCCUCUGGCCGCAGCCUCCUGGUUACUCACCUCUUCCAAAAGUGUCGGCUGGUGCAGAGGAUACUGGAUGCCUGGGAGGAAAAUGACAAAAUACAGGCGGAAUGAAGAAGAGGCUACAUGGGCCACCUCACUCGAAUCGCCAAUGUUGUUGUACAGAACAUGGAGAAAGGGCCGGUACAGACACAGAUCAUAGACCUCAUAAAAGGUAUUUUGACAAACUGCCCAGAAGACUGUCGAGGCCGUUUGGAGAGUUUUGUGGAUGAGACCCUGAUGGAGACUAACCGAAGGAAUACAGUGGACCUGGUGAGCACGCACAAUCUACACUCCUCAAGUGAGGACGAUGACAUGGAGAGCCCUUUCCCCAAUGAGCUGUCACUCCAGCAGGCAUUCUCAGACUAUCAGAUACAGCAGAUGACAGCAAAUUUUGUUGAUCAGUUUGGAUUUAAUGAUGAAGAGUUUUCAGACCAUGAUGACAAUAUCAAUGCCACAUUUGAUAGGAUUGCAGAGAUAAACUUCAAUCUAGAUGCCGACGAUGAGAGUGCCAACACAGCCAUGUUCGAGGCCUGCUGCAAAGAGAGAAUACAGCAAUUUGAUGACAACGAGGAGGAGGAUAUUUGGGAAGAAAAAGAGAUAAACUAUGCAAAACAAGUGAAGUCACGCACAAGGUUUGGGGUCUCCCGUGCUUCUGAAGCCUCCUCCAAGAUUGAGGUUGACAACAGGACACAGGAGAGGAGCCUGUCUUCUGACAAGGAGGAACUGCAGGACCAGAAGGCUGCUGCCAUGGCGGGUAACGGCCGGGUCAGGAGUCAAGGAGAAGGGCAGGAGACACCAUCACCAGAGGCGCAUGAUUCCUCAGGCCCAGGUUGGACAGCUAACUUCGAGGACCCGGUGGACCCCAGGGCCCAGGCACCCCAUGUCGCAAUUGACGUUGGCUCUAGCGUGUGGGACACAGCGGCCCCCCAGCACAACUUGGCCGGAGCCGAGGACAAAGGGUGGGCCAAGUUCACGGACUUCCAGCCGUUCUGCUGCUCAGAGUCCGGGCCCAGGUGUAGCUCCCCUGUAGACUUGGAGAACGACCAGGAUGAGCGCUCAAAGCAGAACCAGGACAAGAGCUCCAAGGGCUCAUCUCCUUGUGCAUGGAACGUGUGUGUAGCCAGGAAGGCCCCCCUUGUGGCCUCGGAUAGUAGCUCCUCAGGGGGCUCUGACAGUGAGGAGGAUGAGGACAAGGGUGAUGUUGUCACAGAGACCAUCACCACUGGCACAGGCAAAGAGACUGUCAAGCUCACCGUGGACACCAAACACGAGAAAGCAAGUCUUCACAAGGUAUGAGUGUUUAAGCCUGCAGGUGCAGGCAAUGAAGCAGACUCCCUGCCUGUAGGCAAGCUGGCUGUGACAGACGGGCCUCAGAGGGCCUCAGACUCCUUGCCCAGGACAGAGGGUACAAGCAAGUCACACAACGCCAUGGUGACAGACAGCACUGUGAUGGACAGAAACGAGGAGGUGCCCUUUUCGCCAGAGGCCACUCUCAAUGGCCCGGCUUGAUGGCUGUCGGACAGGUCGGACUUGCUCUGUACCGCUUCCAUUUCACUCCAAAAACCUCGAUGCAACUUCUUGUGUUUGUUAAACAAUGCUGCGAUGCUAUUGCACCCUGCCAAUCAGGACCAUUAAGGGGGGUGUCAGGUGUUGUGUGUGUGUGUGUGUGUGGUGUGUGUGUG